AUCAUCAUCACUGCUCUGCAAACCCCUGCUCCAACAUGGCGGCCCGACAACGGACGCUACAGCUGGUGCGAGGCACGAGCCGAUCGCCGCUAUCGGCCUCGAGGGGCCUGGCUACCUCCAGGCUCGUCUCAUUUCCGCGCCAGAUCCGUCCGCGUUUCAACACCGACGAGGCACCCGCGGCGACAACGCCGACGACGCCGCUGACGACGCCCUCGGCCGGUUCCUCCUCUUCCUCCUCCUCGGCGAAACCAACCCUGCCAUGGUUCCUCCAGGACCAGGCCGAGGAAGUCGUUGCUGCUCCCGUUGAGACUGCAUCAGCAGCACUAAUAGAGAAGACGCUGCCGCUCUCGACGGCUGGCUCGGCCUUGCCUGAUGCCCUCAUCGAGCUCGACGAGCUCCUCACCACUGGGCCUUCGUCUCCUCUUCUCCGCCGCCGCCGCAGCGACCAGGACGACGAGGAAGAAACGGCCGAGUUUGAGCGGGAGCCAAAGCGGCCGCCGAUCGUGUACAUUGACGCCAAGGCACGCGACGCCGACGCGUGGGCCGACUGGAUCGUCGUCGUCGAGGUGCAGGCCAGGAGCGGCAUCACACGCGUGGCAAAGGACGUGGGCAACUAUCUCAAGCGCGCGCCCCGCCCUGCCUCGCUGGGAUCUAUUCCCUCUUCUCUGCAAGAAGGCGACACCGUGGGACCACCAGAGCGUCUGAGAGGAUCCUCAGCAUCGACAGAGGGCUCGGCGUCGCUGGACAAGCAGCCGUGGCGGCCGCGCAAGAUUCUGUCGCGCGAGGCCCAGGAGGGGCUGCGACUGCUGCACGCGCACGACCCCGAGACGUACUCCCGCCAGGCCCUGGCGGCCCAGUUCAAGAUCUCCGUCGAGGCCGUGCGCCGGAUCCUCAAGUCCAAGUUCCGGCCCGACGGCGCCGUUGUCUCGCGGCAGAACAGGCGCGCAAAGGAGCGCGAGGACGAAUGGAAAAGAGGCAUGCUCGAGGGACCGGGCUGGAAGCUGGACGAGGCCAGGGAGCUGGAGAAGAUCAAGCAGAGCAUCUCUUCUGCCUCUUCCGGGAGGGAGGAGAGCGUCGAAGAAGAGGAGGAGGAGGAGGAGGCUGAGGACCAGGACGAGGUGGCGUGGGCACUUGAAGGCGAGGAAGGGGCGCCGCGGGGCAAGAAUAGGGUCCGGUAUGAGGGGCUGGAUGACGCACAGUCGAGCAGCCGAGCCAGGAGGGGGGGCGGAGACUGGUGCCUCGUCGACGCAGAAUGGUGCGUCGUGCACGUCAUGACGCCCGAAGCGCGUUCCACCUACGACGUCGAGGGCAUCUGGGAGAGGGCGCCUCCUUCUCCAGUCGACGAGGCAGAGAGCGAGAGCAGCGGGACAAUGAAGACAACAAGGAUCCUAGCUGUGCUUGUCUACAAACUAUAACUAAUGAGCCGUUGA